AGCCGAUUCAACUAACAGCAGCUCAAGAUGCCUUUCUCCAAGCUCCAGAAGAACGACGCCUACUUUUCGAGGUACCAGGUCAAGUACAAGCGCCGCAGGCAGGGAAAGACCGACUACUAUGCGCGUAAGCGGUUGAUUACCCAGGCCAAGAACAAGUACAAUGCGCCCAAGUACCGCCUCGUCGUCCGCUUCACCAACAAGGACAUCAUCUGCCAGAUCAUCCACUCUGAGCUGAGCGGUGACAAGGUCUUCAUGGCCGCCUAUGCCCACGAGCUCAAGGCUUACGGCAUCACCCACGGUCUUACCAACUGGUCCUCCGCAUACGCCACUGGUCUGCUCCUUGCCCGCCGUGUGCUCAAGAAGCUCGAGCUUGACGAGGACUUCGUCGGUGUUGAGGAGGCCGACGGUGAGUUCACUCUCACCGAAGCCGCCGAGAUUGACGGCGAGGAGCGCCGCCCAUUCAAGGUCUUCUUGGAUGUUGGCCUCACCCGUACGUCCACUGGUGCCCGUGUCUUUGGCGCCAUGAAGGGAUGCUCUGACGGCGGUGUCUUCGUUCCCCACUCCGAGAAUCGUUUCCCCGGAUACGACAUCGAAGGCAAGGAGCUCGACGCCGAGACCCUCCGCAAGUACAUCUUCGGUGGCCACGUUGCUGAGUACAUGGAGACCCUUGCCGACGACGAUGAGGAGCGCUACAAGUCUCAGUUCAGCGGCUACAUUGAGGACGACAUCGAGGCUGAUGGUCUUGAGGAGCUCUACCAGGAUGCCCACAAGCAGAUCCGCGAGGACCCCUGGAAGAAGGAGGAGGGUGCCGGCCCCAAGAAGUCCAAGGACGAGUGGAAGGCCGAGUCCCUGAAGUACAGGACCAAGAAGCUUACCAAGGCCGAGAAGGAGGAGCGUGUCAAGGCCAAGAUUGCCGAGAUUACUGCGUAAGCGUUGGCUUUCUCUUCGUCUUGCUUUGUUCCAUGAUGACAAAAGUACGGCCCAAGCGUCCAGGGGUGACAAUGGGAAGGAUAGCUAGCAUGACAGGAAACAUGUUCUGUAUUUAGCCUUUCACGACCUCAAUGAGAUGAUGAGACGGCAGGCCCUAGUCGGCUACCCCAAUUAAGAUACCCCUAUUC